CCCCCGCGCCGAGUCCGCGCGUCAGUCGGUCCCGAGUGCGGCUGCGGGGCGACGGGCUGCAGACAGCGGGGCGCGCGGCCCGGGGGAGGUGACGGUGUCGCGGGAGGAGCGUCGGAGCCCGGAGACUCGCACAACGCCAUGGCCCCCAUUGGCCUUAAGGCGGUGGUCGGAGAGAAGAUCAUGCAUGACGUGAUCAAGAAAGUGAAGAAGAAGGGGGAGUGGAAGGUGCUGGUGGUGGACCAGUUAAGCAUGAGGAUGCUGUCCUCCUGCUGCAAGAUGACAGACAUCAUGACCGAGGGAAUCACAAUUGUGGAGGACAUCAACAAGCGCAGAGAGCCGCUCCCCAGCCUGGAGGCCGUGUACCUCAUCACCCCGUCCGAGAAGUCCGUCCACUCUCUCAUCAGUGACUUUAAGGACCCACCAACUGCUAAAUACCGGGCCGCCCAUGUGUUCUUCACAGACUCAUGUCCAGACGCCCUGUUUAACGAGCUGGUAAAAUCCCGGGCAGCCAAAGUCAUCAAGACGCUGACGGAAAUCAACAUUGCAUUUCUGCCCUAUGAGUCCCAGGUGUAUUCCCUGGACUCUGCUGACUCUUUCCAAAGCUUCUACAGCCCUCACAAGGCUCAGAUGAAGAAUCCAAUCCUGGAGCGCCUGGCAGAGCAGAUUGCAACCCUGUGUGCCACCCUAAAGGAGUACCCAGCCGUGCGGUAUCGGGGGAAGCGCUCACCAAGGCCCUGGGAAGCCAGUGCCUUCCAGCAGCAGGCCAACGUGCUGGGGGCAUCCAGAACCACCAUGCGGGACCUGUCCCAGAUGUUGAAGAAAAUGCCCCAGUACCAGAAGGAGCUCAGCAAGUAUUCCACUCACCUGCACCUUGCUGAAGACUGUAUGAAGCAUUACCAAGGCACCGUGGACAAACUCUGCCGCGUGGAGCAGGACCUGGCGAUGGGCACAGAUGCCGAGGGGGAGAAAAUCAAGGACCCCAUGAGAGCCAUUGUCCCCAUCCUGCUGGAUGCGAACGUCAGCACUUACGACAAAAUCCGCAUCAUCCUUCUCUACAUCUUCCUGAAGAAUGGCAUCACUGAGGAAAACUUAAACAAACUCAUCCAGCAUGCCCAGAUCCCCCCGGAGGACAGCGAGAUCAUCACCAACAUGGCUCACCUCGGUGUGCCCAUCGUCACAGACUCCACACUACGCCGCAGAAGCAAGCCGGAACGGAAAGAGCGCAUCAGUGAGCAGACCUACCAGCUCUCACGAUGGACCCCAAUCAUUAAGGACAUCAUGGAGGACACUAUUGAGGACAAACUGGAUACAAAGCACUACCCGUACAUCUCCACCCGCUCCUCUGCCUCCUUCAGCACCACUGCUGUCAGCGCCCGCUAUGGACACUGGCACAAGAAUAAGGCUCCCGGGGAAUACCGUAGCGGGCCCCGCCUCAUUAUCUUCAUCCUUGGAGGUGUGAGCCUGAAUGAGAUGCGCUGUGCUUACGAAGUGACCCAGGCCAACGGCAAGUGGGAAGUGCUGAUAGGUUCUACUCACAUUCUCACUCCCACCAAAUUCCUCAUGGACCUGAGACACCCCGACUUCAGGGAGUCCUCUAGGGUAUCUUUUGAGGAUCAGGCUCCAACAAUGGAGUGAGAGCCAAAGAAACAAAGUAAAAGCAGCUUAUUACAGAAAGAAACUCUUCCGCUCUGAAGGGCUUUCUUUGGUUAUCCCGUCACUCUCCUUUCUUCUCUUUUUCCUUUCCAUUUCUUUGAGUUUUCUUUUUCCAAGAAAAUGCUUGCAGUUCUUAACGCCGAUUGAAAAUGUGUCCAGCCUUCACGCCCUGGGCUCCCCG